CAACGCAACAUUCUUUAGAAGAGAUGCUUCGCUUCACUUUGGAUUGAAACCAAGUUUAGAAUCAGCCAGCCUUUUGUCCAAGGGAGGAGAAGAGUCCCAGUGAGGGAACACCUCACUAUGAGUUGGUUUGGAAAUUACUUCUCUCAAUUUCCUGAGGAUGUUUCCUUGCUCAACAUACACUCGCCUCUGUUGCUUUCACUCAUCUCUGAAGAUGAACAGCAUCUUAUUUCCAGUUUGAGGAGCCAUGGGCCAGCCCAGGCUGUGGUGAAGCAGCCCAUCCGGGGAGCCACUGGCAGGACCACAGUCACAGCGAUUGUCCAGACUGGUGGAGACUGGAGCACCGGCCUCUUCAGUGUCUGCAGAGACAAGAGAAUCUGUUUCUGUGGCCUGUUUUGUCCAAUAUGCCUUGAGUGUGACAUCGCCAGGCAUCACGGAGAGUGCCUUUGUUGGCCAUUGUUACCUGGGUCCACCUUUGCGCUGAGAAUUGGCACCAGAGAGAGACAUAAAAUACGGAAAUUUGGUCACAAUUCCCACCGGGUGGACCUCAUUGAAGUUGGAGCAGAGUGGGCCCUUGUCCAGGGCUGGGCAGGUGCAACACGAAAGAGUGGAAGGAGUGUCUGGGCCCGGGCACUCAGAGCGCGAGAGGAUGUUGGGAGCCAGGCUGCAGGUGAGGCCUGUACCAUCUGGCUCCACAUUCAAGGACUUCACUAUGCCAUUCUCUAUCACCAUAGAGAACCUCUUGAGCUGAUGAUUUCCAAAGAGAGAUACCAAUGAAUCAUCCAGUAACAAAUCUGUCUCCUUCCCAAAGGCCCCAGUGGGGUCAGCCAACAGCUUAACCUUGCCUCCUGAGUUAUGAGCUCGUCCCCAGGCCUCAGUCACGAAGACAUCAUUAACGCUCAGACAGGCUAUCACUUGGACCCCCUUGGCCUUCAGAGCCUCAGCCUGCUCCAUGAAUCCUGGCAGGUGGGUCUUGGAACAGCCAGGGCUAAAGGACCUAGGGACUCCAAACAGCACCCCCUUUUUGCCCUUGAACAGCUCUGCCAGGUUCACCUUGUUUCCAGGUUCCCCUUCAAAAACUAUCACCGAAGGGAUGGCAUCUCCCACCUAGAGGGAGAGACUUGAUUGGGGCCAUAAUGGAGACGGUGCUUCUGGAACCAUGGGCCCCGCCAAGUGUCCCAUUCCUGCCUCUUUGCUGGCACCCACCCGCUGUCAACGCUGCCUAUGCUGCAGACCCGAAGGCAGCUGAGGGGACGAAACCCGAGCCCACCCGGCUGUUCAGGACGUUCAGCGAAAGUAGCUGCACGCCAGUCCCAGCGCACACCAUGGCCCGGUCCCGCUCAAUUAACUUUUAGAUUACAAUGGAAUCAAUUCAAAUACUCUUAAGUAAGUAACAAUCUGGAUGGUCGGUGGAUGUGGCAAACAAUUUGAAGGUGGUGAAACACAUUGGCUCCUUGUUUACGCCAGGUACUGUUCAAAGUGCUCUACGUGUUUUAAGACACCUAAUCCUUUCAUUGCUCAAGACGACGCAGGAACCUGAGCCACAGAGUAGUUAGGUGACUUGCCCAAGGCCACAUAGCUGCUCGGUGACAGGUUCUUGAGGCCAUGCUCCCGACCCCUGCACUAAGGGAGUGGAGAAGGCUUCUGUCCAAGAGGUCUUCCUGGGCCCACGUGGUUGUACCAACGGGGAGUUUGCUCUCCAGAGAUGAACCCAACCUGGUGAGCUCUGAGAGGUGGUGGCGGCCAUCCCCACAGAUCCUGAGCAAUUCCUGCCUGACAAAGUGAUUCCUUUCCCUCCGGCCCUCCCUGUUGGAUGUCCAGAGCAGCUGCCAGGAACCAACCCUCUGGGAAAAAGCAAAUGCUCAGUGUUGGUAUUUAUUCUACAAUAAAAUGUUCCUCCUCCACACCAGUUACUGAAAAAAAUCAGGCCUGGGGGACAACUAAACCAAUUUUAUUGUUCAUGCUAAAACACACAUCGGGCUUCCCAAGCUUGCAGCUGGGGACAGUAUGCAUUUCUGAUGAAGGAGGCUUGGGUACUGUCCCCACUUUGGCUGAUGGGCCCUUCCCUGGUGGAGGGCAGACGGUCCUGCAGGCCCUGGUCUCUGGUGUGGGUCUCCUGUGCUGGUGGGAGGUACAGGUGGACCUGUCCAGCCAGGGAAUGCCUGUCUCCCUUGGCUUCCUUUCCUCAGUCUGGCCGGUAAAGAGCAAACUCAACACCUCAUUAGAACCGCAAACCCAAACAAAACUAGGCUCCAGAGAGCACUGGUUCUGCCAGUGAAGCACGGAACAGAAAACAGAAUUGAUACGUGGACGGUUCUUUGAAAACUAUGGUGGAGAGUGGUCCCGAGGCAAUGCAGCUUAGGGCCCUGACUUCUGGUUUCCUCUAGACCAUGUCAAGUGCAAGAAAAAAAAGGACUUACUAAAAAUAUAUGCUUUCUUCCCAAGAGAAAAGUUAGCCAACAUCCAAUAUUUAAGUGAGAGACAACAACUCUGGUGUUAAACUUCCCAUUUCCUCAGACUUGCAAAGAGCUGUCAGUGGUACAGAUCUGAGGGUUUCCCAACAGUGAAGACAUGUUCUGUGAAUUUUUCUUUCCACCAGAAAAUUCCUUUUGGUUUUCCAAGAUGCAAAGUGUGGAAUGGAUCUCUGAUGACUCCCACGUGGGCGAACAACACUAACACACAAGCAAUAGACAUUUCAAAGCAAUCCAUACAGACAAUCAUAAAUUACAAAACUAGAAAACACAUAAAACCCCACCACACUUCUUGCCUUUACAGUGGAAUAUACUAAGGAAAUAAGCUGCCAGCCUUGGAACUUACUUUUUUUUUUUUUUUUGGAACAAGGAUAUGAAAACUUUGGAAGUCCUUAAGUGUCCAUUGCUCUAUAAAAUAAUUUUUGUAGGUUCCUAUAUUUUAUAUAUCUAAGCUUAUACAAUAGUCCAUAAUGGUUAAGAUAUUACAUCCUUUUUUAUAAACAUCAUUCACAUACGUAUUACCUCAUAAAGAUUCUCUUUUGGUCUAUUAAAAACACUGUACUUAAAAAAAAUAAAACAAACAUGACACAAGA